CAUUAUUCUUGUCGUUUGCUUCUCCAUGGCCCCUCGGAGCAAUGAUUAAUUUUUUUUCAUAAUAUUAAGUAAUUUUUUCAUAAUAUUUCUGAACUUUCAGUCCUCCUCCAGUACCAGACAAGCUCCCAAUGGAUCCGAUGCUGCUUGCUGCGCUUUUCUUGAUUCCUCUGUUCUUCCUGCUUGUAGAACAGAGUAAACGGAAAUCAAUCUCAAAGAAGACACCUCAUCCUCCAUCACCGAGUAAGCUUCCUUUUAUCGGUAAUCUCCAUCAACUGGGCCUGUUACCCCAUCGUUCUCUUUUCGAGCUUUCAAAGAAGUAUGGACCACUCAUGCUUCUCCAUCUAGGCAGCAUACCCACUCUUGUAGUCUCAUCACCUUCUUCUGCUCAAGAGAUCUUGAGAACUCAUGAUCUCGUAUUUGCAAGCCGGCCUUCACUUAAGGCUUCAAGGAUUUUGCUGUACAACAAUAACGAUAUGGCCUUCGCCCCUUAUGGAGAAUAUUGGAGACAGAUCCGUAAGUUAUGUGUCACCAACCUCCUGAGCCUAAAAAUGAUAAAGUCCUUUAGUCUAGUCCGUAUGGAAGAGGUGUCAUUAAUGAUCGAGGGAAUUUCUCGCAAAGCUUCAACCAAUAAUGGGGUUGUAUGCAUGUCUGAGAUCCUGAAUUCUUUGACAUGCGACGUCCUAUGCAAAUCUCUUUUCGGAUCAUCGGUAAUUUUAGAGAAGCGGAAGCUUCUUUGUGAGCUUAUUCGUAAGAACGUUGCUUUCUUUCAAGAAGCGUCCCUCGAGGACUACUUCCCCAGGUUGAGAUGGCUUGAUGUGCUCUUUGGAUUGGAAGGCCGGCUUAGACGACAUUCUGAGAAAUGGGAUGCUCUUCUUGGGGACCUUAUUCAAGACCAUAUUCGUCAGUUGAAUGAAGGGCAGAGCACAAGCAGUACAGAUUUCAUUGAUGUGAUGCUUCAGCUGCAAAAAAAUUCAGGAUUGGAGUUCGUUCUCACAAAUGAACAGAUUAAGGCAAUUUUAAUGGAUAUGAUUGCUGCAGGAACAGACACGUCCUUUGCCGUUCUUGAGUGGAGCAUGGCUGAACUCAUUCGAAACCCAAAUGUCAUGGCAAAGGUGCAGAAUGAAGUGAGAGAAAUAGCACAUGGAAAGGAAAUAGUCGGGGAGGAACUCUUGGAUAAACUGAACUACAUGAGGGCUGUCAUAAAGGAAGUUCUUCGUCUGCAUCCAUCUGCUCCAUUACUUCUCCCUCAUGAGUCAUUGCACGAUUGCCAAAUUCAAGGAUAUCACAUUUCUAAGGAGACCAGAGUCCUUAUCAAUGCAUGGGCAAUUGGAAGAGAUGAAGUUUAUUGGAAAGAAGCACAAGAUUUUAAACCCGAGAGAUUCUUGAGCAGUGAUGUGGACUAUAAAGGUAAUGAUUUUCACUACAUUCCAUUUGGUUCUGGUCGCAGAAUUUGCCCUGGAAUGCAGUUUGCAGUCGCUAUUAUUGAGAUUUCUUUGGCAAAUCUCUUGCAUCGCUUCAAUUGGACACUGCCUAGUGGCAUCUCUUAUGAGAGCUUAGAUAUGCAAGAGGCGGCCGGAAUAACAACUCCAAGAAAAGAGAAGCUUGAAUUGGUUCCACUAGCAGUAAAAAUAUUUUGAAAAUCUAUCACUUUUCUUGUUAUUGUUGCAAAUAAUGCAUUUUAAGCGCCACAGCUUAAAUAUCUAAUGUUAUUCAUGGUAAGGAUGAUAGUUCGAGCCUCUUAUGCCAUUUCAAAUAAAUGUAUAAUAAACAAUUAAGAGGGAAUGAAAGUGGGCUAGAGGUCUACCUUUGGUUUGA